UGAUCGACAUUUCAUUUGAUAAUGAGAAUAAUCAUAAGUUGAAGCCCUAAAAUAUAUAUCAAAUACAUUAAUGACCCUCAUACCAGUCGUAAUUGUUUUGUAAAAUUGACAAAUUAUCCAUAUACUAGAAAAGGUGAUUUAAACCCUCUGAGUGCUAAUCCCGAGAGACACUGGUGAUUUGAAAGUCAAUGUCUGACCAGCACAGAAAGCUUUUGUGAGCAGCCCCACAAUAGAGCUCUCAAACCAGUCCUGCUGGGAUGGGGGGGGGGGGGAGUGGGAGAUGGGGAGAAAGGAUAAAAGUUGAUUACCUUCACCUGUGACAGUAUAAAACGCCUCAUCAAGUUGUCAGGACGUUAGUUGUAGAGUCACUGGUGCUGGUAACCUGUUGAAGAGCCAUGAGGAGCCUCCGGCAUCAAACUAGACCAAGGUGUUUUCCCACACAGCAUCACAUAAUGGCCUCCACCGCUGCACUAUUAAUGCUGUUGCCUGUUGCUUGGACCUGCUCUCCCCAAAAAGCAGACUAUGUUAUGGUGUCAUGCUUCCCCAACGCCAUCAUUGCUAACGUCCCAGAAUGUCCAUACGGCUGGGAGAUUGACCAGCUGUCCCUGGGUGGGGUCUGUUACACUGGAAUACACAGCCCAGGCUACUACCGCUUCAUCAUCCCAGAUCUGACACCCAAAAACCACUCGUACUGCGGCACACAGUCUGAGUACAUGCCCGGCAAAGACCCCAAGUACAUCUUCUAUAACGCCAUUGUGUCCAACGAUACUUCGCUCACAGUUAGAAACCAGCCGGUCAACUACACCUUCAGCUGUAUGUACCGAGCAGCCUACCUGGUUAAUAACGCUGUUUUCAGCCAAAGCGUUUUUACUAAACCCUCUGCUUUUUCCAGAGUGGCUACAGUUUAUGUCAACAACGGGAGUUUAGGCACUUUUAGAUCACAGUUGUCUAUGAACGUGUUCACGAAUUCAAAGUUCCUGUAUGCCAAGGAUGCUCCCUAUGUGAUCGACACCUCUGAGAUCGGCUCUGAAGUCUUCAUCGGCAUUGAGGCAAAAGGACUAAGUAACAGAUUCAAAGUUGUCAUAAACAACUGCUGGGCCACUCCCUCGCCUUACUCCACUGACAGGAAGAGGUGGAGUCUCAUCAUUAACAGCUGCUCAUCUGACAACACUGUAACUAUCUUUGAGAACGCCAAAGACAGCCGCUCCAUGUUCAAGUUCAACUCUUUCCGCUUCCAACGGCUGGAGAAAGUGUCCACUGUCUGGCUUCACUGUGAGGUCCAGGUUUGUGAUGGAGAGAGGCUCAUCUGUCAGCCUGGCCCCUGCACAGCCAGAAGUUUGACAUCUGAGGCAGAACCAAGUGGCGGGAUCCUUACUGCUGAGUUUCAAGUUAAAGCUGCUGGGUCUUCUAAUAAUGGACACACAACAGGAGCAUCACUUAUCAUCCUGCUUGUGAUCCUGAUAAACACAUGUUGUGAUUUAGUAAAUGUAUCAAAAAUGUAGUAAAGCAUACAUUUCCAAUCAUACAUUAUUCAUUCAUUCAUUUAUUCAUUCAUUCAUCAACACACACACACACAGAGGGGAGUGUCACCCAGGACUCAGGGAGCGUAUGAAUACAUUCCCCCCCUUCAUCCUUUACUUGUCAUGAUCUAAUUUUCUCACAAGUAUUAUUUGUAAUUAGUACAUUUAUUGAGGCUUUGGGGAUCCAUUUGUGAAUGGA